AUGCUUCCUCAACACGUCCUCAUUGCGCUCGUCGCCACUGUCGCUGCCGUCCCGCUUAACAUCAACUUGGGAGCCUACUCGCCUGCCCUGGUAGUCGGUGAUGGAGAGAUCUCACUCGGAUCAACAGAAUCAGCAUCACAGUUGAUGGCUACGCUCGCAUCGGGAGCAGCAGCCAACGCCGGUGGAGAGGGCGCAGCAGCACAAGGAAAACGCUCUAUCCUUCGCCGCGCCAUCAGCGACAUCCUCGGCAAGCGCAACCCCGCCCCUGUUGAGCCUAAGAUGGCCGCUGUCGAGGAGGCUAUGCAGUGGAUCAAGCGCGACCUCGCUGGCUUCAAUGCUGCGCUCGGUUACGCAAAGGAGGCCCAGAAGGAUAUGCCCAAGGUUGAGAUGGGCACCGAGAACGCCGGUGUUGGUCUGCUCGUCAACCCUGGUGUCAACGUUCCCAAGGACUCGGCCGCCGCUGGCACCCCACCUGCUGAGAAGAAGACCAAGCGCGACGAGGUUGUCGAGGAGGAGGAUGCGCCCAAGAUGACUCUUGUCGCCAUCACCGAAGUUUGA